ACGAUGACAUCUGCACAGUUUGUCUUCUAUCUGAUAUGCUUGUUCUUGGGGGAAACGGUUCACACAAAUGACCUCAAAUUCUCCUUGUCUCUUCAUCAAGAAAGACAUUUUGUAUCAGCUAACACUGGGGGCAAUGUGAGUCUGUGUUGUUUGUAUGAAGGUAACGAUGUGGCAAGGCUUUACUGGUAUAAGUUAAAUUUGGGAAAGGAAUCAAAGCUCAUUUGUACUGUCAACACAGUGGACAAUCAAGCCGUGUUUAAUGAUGAAUUCAACACUGAUCCACGGUUCACAGUGAAUUUUGAAAAAGGAAAGAUUGACUUAAAGAUAACAGAUCUGCAAAUUUCAGACUCUGCUACUUACUAUUGUGCAAGCAGCUAUGGGUACAGCUUUACAUUCGCAGAGGGUACUGUCAUUGAUGUAAAAGGUUCAGGGUCGAACAUCCCAACUUUAGUGCAGCAGUCAGCAUCUGAGACCAUCCAGCCAGGAGGCUCCGUGACUCUGAACUGUACAGUACACACUGGGACCUGUGAUGAAGAACACAGUGUUUACUGGUUCAAAGACUCUGAAGAGUCUUUCCCAAGAAUCAUUUACACUCAUGGAGGCAGAAAUGAUCAGUGUGAGAGGAAACCCAACACACAGACACACACUUGUGUCUACAACCUGCCAAUGACGAGCCUGAAUACGUCUCAUGCUGGGACCUACUACUGUGCCGUGGCUUCAUGUGGACACAUACUGUUUGGACACGGGACCAAACUCAACUUAGAAGAUGAGGUGGCAUGGCUUUACUUGGUGCAUGUCCUGAAUGGAGUUGUCGCAUUCACUUGUGUCCUUAGUUUGUGUUUGAUGUCCUUAUUGUUUGUAAUGACCAAAGAGAAAAGCAUCCACUUCACAGAGUCUCAUGGAAGCUUUUCGGAGGAUCACCAGAACAUUUUAAGGGAGAACAAAACAAACAGAUCAAGAAGACAGCGUGAUGGGACAUGGAGUGAAUGUGUCUACUUUAGUGUAAAGCAGAAGAGCUGAAAAUGUUUCAUCUUUGUUUUAAAAUGUUGUGUUAUACAGAGACGAAGUACAGAAUUCCUUUAUCUAUAGUUUUCGUUUUAUGAUUUGACCUAAACGUGGUAACUGUAGAGAUGUUCUUUCCAGUAAAUCUAUUGAAGAAGCUUUUAAAAACAAACAUGCAAGUACAUUUCCAGUUUAUACCCAUCCCAGCUAUUCUGGUACUGUUUUAUAGACAGAAAAAAAUGAACACAAAUACUGUUAUUCACUGGCAAACAACUACUUACUUUAAAUAUUAAACAUGGCACACUGUCAAACGACAUAGAGCUGUUAGGAUCAUUCUUUGUUUCAGUGUCAAAGCUGAUGUGUGAUUGUUUUUUGUGAGAUUUUGAGAACUAUCUCUAUGUGACCCACCAUACCUGUGUAGUCAUUCAUCAACAUUAAAUAAAAAUAAAAAUAAUAAUUACAGGAUAACAAAGAUCAGCCUUCACACUUUAAAUGUUUUAAUAAUGUUGAUGACCCAUGAUUUGACUUUUCCAUAAUGUAAUGAGCAACUGUGAUAUCAGGCUGUAAAAAACAGUAAUAUUUUUAACAGUACUGGAGAGAAAAAUUUUACCUCCAACUCUUUGCAACAGCUAUCAAUGAAAGCCUCUUGUUCCAGUAUAUCAUAAAAAUAAAGGACUGUAAAGAGUAAACCACUGCUGUCUUUUUAGUUCUCCUGAUAAUAAUAUGUUUAUAAUGAGCCCGA